UAUUAUGAAUAUUCAGACUUCAAAAAUAUUCGACCAAUAGGGAAUGGUUCAUAUGGAAAAGUCAAUCGUGCUAAUUGGAAAAAUACCGAUCAUUUCUUCGCUUUGAAAUCUUUUAGUAAUAACAAACAAACACUUGAAGAAAUCAUAAAAGAGUUAAAGUUACACAGAAGUGUUGAUGAUCAUGGAAAUAUCGUAAGAUUAUAUGGAAUCACAAAUAUAAAAAAUUAUGCAUUAGUCUUGGAAUAUGCCAAUGGCGGUACAUUAAACACCUAUUUAGGCAAAAAUAUUAAUGAUCUGGAUUGGAAUGAUAAAUCUCGCUUAGCACUACAACUGGCAGACGCCGUAGGAUUUUUACAUGAUAAUGAUAUUGUUCAUCGUGAUCUGCACUCAGGAAAUAUACUUAUACAUCAGAACAAUAUUAAAUUAGCAGACUUUGGGCUAUCAAAAAAAGAUACUGAAACAUCAAGUAUCACAUCGAAAAUACGUGGCGUAAUACCCUACGUGGAUCCGAGGAAACUUAGUGAUAAAAAUUAUAAAUUAAAUAAAAAAUCAGAUGUGUAUAGCGUUGGAGUUCUAUUGUGGCAAAUUUCAAGUGGACGUGAACCAUUC